CGAGCGGGGGCUGCCAGGCAGCGCUGCCCCGUCCCUGUCCCCUCCUGUAGCGCACAGGGACCCCCCGGGCCCGGCCAGGACCCCCUGUCCCCGCAGAGCUCCUGUCCCCACUGCGCCAUGGGGAAGCAGAACAGCAAACUCCGGCCCGAGAUGCUCCAGGACCUGCGGGAGAACACCGAGUUCUCCGAGCUGGAGCUGCAGGGCUGGUACAAGGGCUUCCUGAAGGACUGUCCCUCGGGCAUGCUGGACGUGGAGGAGUUCAAGAAGAUCUACGCCAACUUCUUCCCCUACGGCGACGCCUCCAAGUUCGCCGAGCACGUUUUCCGCACCUUCGACACCAACGGCGACGGCACCAUCGACUUCAGGGAGUUCAUCAUCGCCCUGAGCGUCACCUCCCGCGGCAGGCUCGAGCAGAAGCUCAUGUGGGCCUUCAGCAUGUACGACCUGGACGGCAACGGCUACAUCAGCCGCGAGGAGAUGCUGGAGAUCGUGCAGGCCAUCUACAAAAUGGUCUCCUCUGUCAUGAACAUGCCCGAAGACGAAUCCACCCCGGAGAAAAGGACGGACAAAAUCUUCCGACAGAUGGAUACUAAUAACGACGGGAAGCUCUCUCUGGAGGAGUUCAUCAGAGGGGCCAAGAGCGACCCGUCCAUCGUGCGCCUGCUGCAGUGUGACCCCAGCGGGGCCAUGCAGUUCUGAGCCCCGCGGACCCCCAGAGCCCCCCUGGACCCCCACCCUGCAGCUGUCACUGUCCCUUGCCCAGCUACUGCAGUCCCCGCUGUGCCCCCACAGCCCCUCGUGGGAUGAGAGCUGGAGCCCGGCUGAUGUUGGGGUGAGGGGGCCCCGGGGGACAGUCCCCAUCCCUGGGGGGCUCCUGCACUGGUGGGAGGGUGAGGCAGGGUCUGCCCUGAGUGAGGACAGCCCCCCCAGCACCGGGUUUGGAGCA